GUUGCCCAAGAGACAAAGGCAUCCUUUUCCAUUAUCCUUAGUAUAUCCAUCACAAUGUGGCUGCCAAAGAACCCACCACUUCUUUCUAGGAAUUUUCAGCUCGUAAAUUACUUUCCUAUACUUCCCAAGCAUAUAGAUACCAUGGUUUUGUUUAAUACAUUGGGACAUGGCCAUGAAGAGGGUGGUUAAGUAACUUGGAGAACCCGGCAAUGGAACAGUUUUUGAAAGCCAAAAAUUUGGUGUGUCCUUGGAACUUAACAACUUAAUUGAAGGUUUAGAAAUUUAAAAAGGCUGUUCUUUUUUUUGCCAAAAAGAGGUUAGAUAUCAUGGAUAAAUGAUAAAUCCGUCCCCUACACGACUCCUCAUUAACUUACAUUUUAUCUUUAAUUUUCAAACAGAGCCUGGAAAGUUUUAAGAUUUGUUUGUUUUGAUAUGGUUAGAAAAUAUUAACAGGAAGUAGCUUAAAAUUCUGAAAAUGGAAAAAAAAAAAAUAGGGAAAUAUGAGGAGGUCUUAAAUAGUUUUAUAGGUGAAGCAAAAGGCUCCCCAGUCAUGUCUUUGAGCAGGCCUCAGUAAUCAUCAAUAGCUUGACUCCAUAUAUUUAAGAACAUAAAGCUUCUGCCUUUUUUCUGUCACAUAAAAAAGAUAAAGGAAAAAGAAGGAAAACCCCACACCAAAUUUCUCUGCAUUUUUUUUUUUUUUGCUUCCACUUUACCCCAUUGAAGUAGACAUGUUGGCGACCUUAUAGAUGGAGGAGCUUUCACCAACCAAGAGUAAAUAGGCUCUACCAAACAGCAGCAACAACAACAAUAUCACCAGUUGAAGCUUUGUAUGCCUGCGCCAAAGCUAAAAGCUAAGAGCUUUUGGGUUUCAAAAUCUUUUAGAAGCUUGUGUUACAAAGCUAUAGAGUCCAAUGUGUGUUGCUCACAGAGGUUAGAGUAUAGUGGUAUGAUAGUAAAUAACUCUCUGUUUUGUCCUUCACCUGGUCCUUUUGAACAGCAAACUGAAAUGGAGGGAUUGGUUGAGAAAGAAGGAAGCUUUAAAGAGAAAAAUGAAAGCUUUAGUGAGAAUGGGGUUCAAAUGGGAACAUUUGCCGAGUUGCUUGAAGACAAGGGUAGGGAAAGUAGUUCAAGUUCUGAUUUUUUAACAUCUGAAACAACCGGGCAUGAGGAGGAACACAGUCACAGUAGUUCCGAGGAAGGGUCUGCUUCACCACCUUCAUUAGGUUGGCCUGUAAAGGAAAAUGCUGGGACAGAAGACUGCACCAGUACUAAUUGCAGUGAAGAUGGAAAGAAAACCCCAUUGGAUAAUAGGAAAUUAGAGAAACAAGGCUGCACAAUUUCAGAGAUUGAGCUGAUGAAGGAAAGAUUUGCAAAAUUGUUGCUUGGAGAAGAUAUGUCUGGGUGUGGAAAUGGCGUUUGCACAGCCUUGGCUAUUUCAAAUGCCAUCACCAAUCUUUGUGCUACCUUAUUUGGGCAAAUAUGGAGGUUAGAACCCGUUCCUCCUGAGAAGAAAGCAAUGUGGCGUCGAGAGAUGGAAUGGCUUCUUUCUGUUAGUGAUCACAUUGUUGAGUUGAUACCUUCGUGGCAGACAUUCCCGGAUGGAAGCAAGCUCGAGGUCAUGACUUGCAGACCUCGUUCGGAUCUUUACAUUAAUCUCCCGGCUUUAAGAAAAUUGGACAACAUGCUACUCGAGAUAUUAGAUACUUUCACCGAUACAGAGUUCUGGUAUGUUGAUCAAGGGAUUCUAGCCCCAGAGGCUGAUGGAUCCACCUCGUUCCGAAAAGCUUUUCAACGUCAAGAGGAAAAAUGGUGGCUUCCUGUGUCUCGAGUGCCACCGGGGGGACUCCAUGAAAAUUCAAGGAAGCAGUUGCAGCACAAACGUGAUUGCACAAACCAGAUCCUAAAAGCUGCCAUGGCAAUCAAUAGUAUUACUCUAGCUGACAUGGAAGUCCCUGAAUCAUAUUUGGAAUCUCUUCCAAAGAAUAGCCGAACGAGCUUAGGAGAUCUCAUUUAUCGCUAUAUUUCAUCGGAUAUGUUUACUCCCGAUUGUCUUCUUGAUUGCCUUGAUUUGUCAUCCGAGCAUCAAGCUAUUGAGAUUGCCAACCGAGUGGAGGCCUCAAUAUAUUUAUGGCGGAAAAAAUCAAACUCCAAACCUAUUAGCACAAAUCGGUCCAGUUCUAAGUCAUCAUGGGAUUUGGUCAAGGACCUAAUGAUCGAUUCUGACAAAAGAGAAAUGCUUGCUGAUCGAUCAGAGAGCCUCCUGCUUUGCUUGAAGCAGCGAUUCCCCGGUCUUCCCCAGACCACUUUAGAUAUGAGCAAAAUUCAGUACAACAAGGAUGUUGGAAAAUCCAUAUUGGAGAGCUACUCGAGAGUUUUGGAAAGUCUUGCAUUCAACAUUAUCGCACGUAUUGAUGAUGUGCUUUAUGUGGAUGACUUGACCAAGCAUUCAGAUCAAUUCUCUUCACUGUCCAGGAUCGGACUUAUUGGUCAGAAGAGUCUUUCGGUUCCUUACUCAGUGCCCUUCCCCAGCACUCCUUAUAGAACAGCUUUUUCAACCCCAAACUUUUCACCAGCACCGCUAGCUACCCCUGCAAAGGGUGAUAGAUCACCAUUUCUUUCAAGCAGCAAAGUUCCUCAGCGUGGGAUGGGCAUGACAAAGGUCUUGACAGACUAUCUUAAUAUCGAUUUAAGGCCGAAGGAAUACAGUAAUCGAGGUGAAGGAACAGGAUCAGGUUCAACCAUAACUCAAGAAGCAUCAGUUUCUUUUGAAUGUCUAACAGAGGCGGUGAGCUUAUCUAAACUGGAGCCAGUUCCUGAGAAAGAGCCCUAAUGUUGCACAUCAUGAAUCAAUUUUAUAUCUUUUCUUUUAAGUUUUAAAUUUGGUAGGAAUUAGAAGAUGCUUGAGAAUGACAAACAUUCACCCUGUUAUUGUAAAUGAUAAAUAAGUUGAGUGAUUCAUGCUUUGUCAUGGCAUCAUUUAUGAUCUCAAAUUUGAUUAUAGCUCAAUAUUUUGAGGAUCAAACAUAGAAUAGAAAUUGCCAAA